UGAGACGUGCUUGGAAUAUAUGCAUACAAUCUGGUAGGCUUGCAAGUUGUCUGGAAUACGUUCAUCAUCCCGCUGGUUCCAUGGAUCAUGGGCGAAGCUAAAGUUGCGAAAGUUUCGGUGCAAGCAGAAGGAGCAGAACCAGUUGUCGACGAAGUUGAGUCUUUGGCUGAUUUCUCAUUGGUUGAUGGCAGGAAGAAAGUGAAGUGGGCCUUGAAAGAAGGUGAAGGCAAUGAAUUUUUCAUGUACCUCAAAGAUAUAGAUGCUUAUCGGCCUCCUUUGCAUGAUAUUCUGCGAGAGCUUUUACCACACAAAAGUGGUGAUCCGUUUGAUUUCCUAGAACUUCCUCCCGAGGUACAGCUGGAAAUUUUGGACUACUUGUCAUUGCGAGAUUUAAAUUCAUGUCGUCUUACCUGCCGCUGGAUCAACGACCUCAUAGAGAAGAACUGGCACAGCCUGUCGCCGCGAAAGAUUGGAUCCAUUGACUUUAUACCAGGCUGCGAUGAAGUAUGGGGUCUGUAUUUUAAUUACAAAAGAAAGCUGCGCUCUUUCACUAAUGUUAUCAUAUCGCGGCUCGUCCUGUUUUACGGCGUAAUAACAUCGUCCAUCCUCUCCAAUCUCGCGCACACAUUGCGCCAAUCACGAAUAACAGUCAAGGCAAUUGUGAUUCACAACUGUCUAUGUAGCUGUGAGCCGGAGGAGUUGAUCGCGUUCAUCAAAAGCGCGCAUGUUGAGUCUCUGGCCAUCGAUGUAUAUGAUAUGGGUGAUUUUGGCAAGAGACUCUUGAAUGACCCUGCUAUUCAAAGGCUUCGAUGUGUUUUCAUUUUUUCGAAUGGAGACGACAUCAUGAGUGGCAUCAUGGUAGAUCCGUUUCUUUACGACAUGCCAAUUGAUCUGCACGGAGUUUGUAGACUGUUAGCGGAUUGGGAGAGCGCAAGUAUGGAGAUUCUGCACUUUCACAUGUAUUCUGAUGCCGAAUGGGCGGCGGAUGCAGAUUCCGUUUUAAAUGCCGUUCAGUAUAUUGACGCUCGAAAUGGUUAUAUACUUCGAAACAUAGACGAACAAGAGCUUCGAGUUGAAGUUUCUGAUGGUUGUAUCACUUUCGCGCUCUCGGGGUAAAAAUACCUUUCCGUUUGCUUUCCUCUCUGUAUCCAUGCCUUCCGCCUCCUUUCGGUGCUGUGUUGUGAUUUUCGGUGAAUAAGCUCGUCUAAAAUUGGUUCAUGUAUACCUUCUAUUAUUAUGUUGAUUGUCCAACUCCUUGUAUCAUUGCAUGGAUCUCAUUGCCUUGAAAGUCGCUUAGAUUGUGCAUAGCAUUUGUUGUUCUGCUAGUUUGACACGGGCAUCCUUAAAUAAAUUUAUAUCACAAGUCCC